AUGAAGACCUUCAUCCUCCUUGCUGUCCUGGGAGCUGCUGCUGCUCUCCCCACUGAUGAUGAUGAUAAGAUUGUUGGAGGUUACACCUGUAAGAAGAAUGCCCUGCCCUACCAGGUGUCCCUGAAUGUUGGCUACCAUUUAUGUGGAGGCUCCCUCAUCAGUGACCAGUGGGUGGUGUCUGCGGCUCACUGCUACAAGCCUCGAUUCCAAGUGCGUCUGGGAGAACACAACAUUGAUGUCAUUGAGGGAGAUGAGCAGCUCAUUCAGGCAGCCAAGAUCAUCCCACACCCCAAAUACAAUGACUGCACUGCUGAUAACGACAUCAUGCUGAUCAAACUGAACUCACCUGCCACCAUCAGCUCUCGAGUGUCCACUGUCUCUCUGCCAAGAUCCUGUCCAACUGCAGGGACUCAGUGCCUUGUGUCUGGCUGGGGCAACACCUUGAGCUUUGGAAGCAAGUAUCCUUCACUUCUGCAGUGUCUGGAUGCUCCUGUGCUCUCUGACACUGCUUGCCACAAUUCCUACCCAGGAAAGAUCACUAGCAACAUGUUCUGCCUGGGCUUCCUGGAGGGUGGAAAGGACUCUUGCCAGGGUGACUCUGGCGGCCCCGUGGUCUGCAAUGGAGAGCUCCAGGGGAUCGUGUCCUGGGGCUUUGGCUGUGCUCUGAAGGACAGACCUGGUGUCUACACCAAAGUCUGCAAAUACCUGGACUGGAUUCAGGAGACCAUUGCUGCCAACUAA